AGGAGUGUGAGGAGGGGAGGGGCAGAGAGAGAGGAAGACACAGAAUCUGAAGCAGACUCCAGGCUCUGAGUUGUCAGCACAGAGCCUGAUGCGGGGCUCGAACCCAUUAACCGUGAGAUCAUGACCUGAGCUGAAGUUGGAGGCUUAACUAACUGACCCACCUAGGGACCCCGACCACCUUGCUUCUAUUUCAGGACUCUGCCACGUCUCUGCGUAUGCCCAUGAUGACUUUUCAUGUAAGGUCAGCUGAGGUAUUUCUAGAGAAGGACUCGUCCUGAGGAAACAGUCGUAUUUGUUUCAUCCUGGGAUGCUUAGUUUUCAUGGGAGGAAGCAGUUCUAAGGAGAUUGUUCAGAACUUUCAGUAAUAGUGCAGUGUUUCUAUUUGACCCAUUUUGUAAAAAGAAAAGAAGACAUGUUAACUGAUUUUCACCUUUUUUAGGAGGUUCCUCUGAAUACCUCAACAGUUGGGCACAAAAUCCAUAAGCAAAUCUUUGACACCACUGGUAAACCUCAGCACCCCAGAAUGUUUUCCAUAACUGCAGUACUUAGAGUAUCUUUCCUGGGCUCAUUCCUGCUACUUAUUCUUGAAAAUGUGGUAAAAAGUUUAUCUUCCAUGAUAUCAGAACUCUGUAAGAUUAAAAGCUGAUAAACAUUUUAUGACCAUUCUAAAUAAAUUAAUCCGAACUAUAAUAUGCUUUAAACAGUGUAAUCACUGGUGUUCUAUCUCUGCCAGUGUUCCCCACCCUUUAUUAUUAUAUUUCCCUCUUGGGUUCCUGGUAGACUUUUUGGCAAUGCCACUGUCCCUGUCACUACCUUCUGACAUUACUGCAGAAUUUUCCUGUUUAGGUUAGUUUGUGUUUCAAAGUAAGGUGAUUUUUCCUAGCACUAAUAUAUGCUUUUUUUUUUUUUUAACGUUUUUAUUUAUUUUUGAGACAGAGAGAGACAGAGCAUGAAUGGGGGAGGGUCAGAGAGAGGGAGACACAGAAUCUGAAACAGGCUCCGGGCUCUGAGCUGUCAGCACAGGAGCCCGAUGCGGGGCUCGAACUCACGGACCGCGAGAUCGUGACCUGAGCCGAAGUCGGCGCUCAACCGACUGAGCCACCCAGGCGCCCCUAAUAUGUGCUUUUAAAAUUACCAGGGACAAGAUGACAGAUUCCUUUUUAGAAAUCCUACAAACUGUUGUAAGGCCAUUGGUAUCACUCUUUGUAACAGCUGUUAAAGAGGUUACAUUUUCUCUGGAGCUAUUUGAUGAGCCCACCCUGGUUUCUUUUUCUUCUUCUGUUAAUGCUCAACAGAAAACUGUAGAUAGUUAAGCCACAACUUUCAGAUCUUGUGCACAUUGCUUCUCUGGUUUACUGCCAUAGGAUACUGUAGCAAUAUCUUACAGACAUCUUUGAUGGCCAAUCAGAAGCAGUUAAAUUACCUUAAAUUUUUUAAAUGGAACUCUGACAGCCAAUAAGAAAUCCUUUGGGUAGGAACUGUAACAACCCUUUCGUGUGAUUUUAAAGAACAAUUGUAAAUUUGCAGUUUCCUGUGUUUUGGAAGCACAAGAGGCCCUAGUGCAUCUGCUGUGUGCAUUUGCCAGGCAUUUCCAAGCCUUAAGUUCCCUGUAGUUUGAAGUCUGGAUCUGACCCCUGUUCUGCUUCUCAAGGUAACUUUAAAACAGGAAGUGUACAAUGGAGGUAACUGAUGACGUGAACAGCCAAUCAUGGCUUUGUGUUCUUAGCUGAUAAAGCAGCUCAGCCAAUGGGACCACUCUGGAGGCAAGGUUUGGUGUCAAAUAGCAUGCUAGAUUGAAUGCCUUUGACUGUUAAAGUGGAAGGAGGCUGCAGGGCUUCAUUGGAGCCUCGGAGUUUUUCACUGAGGCAGGGGUCAGCUGAAAGACAAAGAAAAAUGGCGAAUAGUUUGCUGGGGGGUGGGGGGACAGCUGUUCGGGUUUUCACUGGAGUGGACAUUCCAGACUCAGGUUUCUGCAUCUCCUGCUGCCUUUUGUUUCCUCCGUCCUUUUGGGGGGGAGGGCUAGGAGUGACUUAAAUUCUCCCUGUCCGAGGAGAUAUAAAUAACUACAUGUAAAAUUAAUGCAGUUCCCGUUGUCAGAAUGUCCACAGAAGGAGGAUUUGGUGGCACUAGCAGCAGUGAUGCCCAGCAAAGCCUCCAGUCCUUCUGGCCUCGUGUCAUGGAAGAAAUCCGGAAUUUAACAGUGAAAGAUUUCCGAGUGCAAGAACUCCCACUGGCUCGUAUUAAGAAGAUCAUGAAACUGGAUGAAGACGUGAAGAUGAUCAGUGCAGAAGCCCCUGUGCUCUUUGCCAAGGCAGCCCAGAUUUUUAUCACAGAGUUGACUCUUCGAGCCUGGAUCCACACGGAGGAUAACAAGCGCCGGACUCUACAGAGGAAUGAUAUCGCCAUGGCAAUUACAAAAUUUGAUCAGUUUGACUUUCUCAUCGAUAUUGUUCCAAGAGAUGAACUGAAACCUCCAAAGCGUCAGGAGGAGGUGCGCCAGUCCGUGACUCCCGCCGAGCCUGUCCAGUACUACUUCACACUGGCUCAGCAGCCCGCUGCCGUGCAAGUCCAGGGGCAGCAGCAGGGCCAGCAGACCACCAGCUCCACGACCACCAUCCAGCCUGGGCAGAUCAUCAUCGCGCAGCCUCAGCAGGGCCAGACCACACCUGUGACCAUGCAGGUUGGAGAAGGUCAGCAGGUGCAGAUUGUCCAGGCUCAGCCACAGGGUCAAGCCCAGCAGGCCCAGAGCAGCACCGGACAGACCAUGCAGGUGAUGCAGCAGAUCAUCACAAACACAGGAGAGAUCCAGCAGAUCCCGGUGCAGCUGAAUGCCGGCCAGCUGCAGUACAUUCGCUUAGCCCAGCCUGUAUCAGGCACCCAAGUCGUGCAGGGACAGAUCCAGACACUUGCCACCAGCGCUCCACAGAUCACGCAGACAGAGGUGCAGCAAGGACAGCAGCAGUUCAGCCAGUUCACGGACGGACAGAGGAACAGCGCGCAGCCAGCCCGAGGCUCUGAGCUAACGGGAGAGGCAGAGCCCAGAGAAGUGAAAGCCACGGGAAAUGCAACUCCCUGCACCUCUUCCCCGCCCACCACACACACCCCCUCACACCGGGCCGGAGCCUCCUGUGUCUGCUGCGCCCAGCCCCCGCAGAGCCCCACUCCCCCUCCUCCCUCCGACGCCUUACAGUGGGUGGUGGUCGAGGUGUCCGGGGCCCCCAGCCAACUCGAGGCCCAUAGGGAGCUGCAUGCCCCUCUCCCGGGGGUGACCUCACUCUCUCCUCUCCACCCCUCGCAGCAGCUCUACCAGAUCCAGCAAGUCACCAUGCCCGCCGGCCAGGACCUCGCCCAGCCCAUGUUCAUCCAGUCAGCCAACCAGCCCUCCGACGGGCAGGCCCCCCAGGUGACCGGCGACUGAGGGCCUGAGCUGGCAAGGCCACGGACGCCCAACACAAUUUUUGCCAUACAGCUCCGGGCGAUGGGUACAGCCUCCCUCCCCAGAGGACCCGGCCGACCUCCGCGCCUCCUACAGGCUAGGACACUGGUGCACUGCGCCCCACGCUGGAGGCCGAGAUUCUCCAACAGAAAGAUGCAAUAUUUUUUAUUUCCUUUUUCUCCAUUUUUUCUCCGAGGAAUCAAUAUUUCAGUAUGUUGAGCUGUGUGUCCAAUGCUAUGAAAUGAAUAUUAAAUAACAUAUUUAUGGCAUUUUCUUGAAGAGUGUGGUUGAAGAAAUACUUCUUUUGUUUUCCUUUUUUUUUUUUGAUUCUUACCGCCACUUCUUUCCAGGAGCACAUCUCCUCAGGGGGGUAUGUUAUCUCCUGACUCUCGGAGCAGCUGCGGCCCUAGGAUUUGCCACCUUGUUCUGCCCGCAGAUUGAAUUAGGUGACCACGUAGCUUCUUUCUCACUAGUGGUCCUCUUCCUCGUGACCCUGUGCUCGUCCCAGAGCUCUGUGUGUUUGCACCCAGAGGCCGUGGAAACAUUCCUUGCGUUUAAGAGGUGAACUCAUUUGCCAUGGAGAGUGGAUGGUUUCAUUUCCAAACCCUUCUCUCCCAGGGACCCAAGGAGACUAGAACUUUGUGCAUUUGCCCACCUCCACCCCCCAUUUUUUAUCUUUAAAAUGCAUUAAAAAUUGUGCUAGUCUCCUUUGCUGCAUGGACUUCAAACUGCAUGAAAUGCAAUAAAUCUCAUUUUAGAUAA